CUUAAGAUAUCGGUGCUGCUUUUCUACCGUAGAAUUGUUGAGCAUACCAGUUCAAAGUACUGGAUUUGGGCCGUCAUCGCCGCCAUCUGCUUCACCGUCGCCUACAGCCUGGCAUUCAUCUUGACACUGGUCUUCAAUUGCUCACCGACGGAGGCAUACUGGAAGGCCUUCGAUCCCUCAUAUACCCAUCCUCACUCUUGUGUCAACACGACGAUCGUAAAUCUCCUCGCAGGAAUUAUGGCAGCAAUCAGCGAUCUCUAUUCUGUGGUGCUACCAUGCAUGAUGACAAGGCAUAUUCAGCUUCCGCGACCACAGAAGAUUGCUCUGUAUGUCAUCUUCUCAUUGGGUCUUUUGGUGGUGGCAUGCAGUGGAUACCAGGUCGGUCACAAAGGUGACGUGAGCACCAUCAUAUAUUAUGUCUUCGUCUGGUCUGAAGUCGAGCUAUGCCUUGGACUUAUGUGCGCCUCGCUUCCUUCUUUACGGGUCUUGUUCCGGGAAUACUUG